AUGCUUGUUACUGUGACAAAAUCUUCCUUCUGUGGUGAUGUAUUCACAGGUAAGGCAGACUGCCCCUACUAUGCCAAAGCGGAACUUCUGGCAGACUAUCUCCAGACUAACUUGCCAGACUUCAGGGUUCACAAGAUUACCCAGCACCCUGACGAAUGGGAGCAGUGGCUUCAUGACAUUUGUGAAAAGAAUGAAUGGGAACACCGACAGUCUCCUAUCAUUUGGAGAGAACUCUUGUGCCGUGGAGGGAAGGGUAUGCUUAUGGGAGGACUGGAUGAUUUUCUGGAAUAUGCUCAGCACUAUUAUGGUGUCAAGUCAACAAUGUUAAGUGAGGAAAUGUUACGCAUUGCUGAGGAGAACCUGCGGGCGCAUAUUGAAAUUGCAAAAGAAGAGGAGGAAGUUAAAAGACUUAUCAAGCCUUUGCAGAUCUGGAUCACCAGUGCCUCAGCUCCAAUCUCGUAUCAGCUGAUCCCUUUAUUGGCAAAUGGAGAAGUGUUUGGGAUGACCACAGAAAUCAGUAUCCAUUUGCUUGACACUCCCCAGUUUAAGGACAUUCUUUGUGGUAUUGUAAUGGAAGCUGAAGACAUGGCAUUCCCACUCCUCCGCAGUAUUUCAGAGCACACUGAACUAGACAAGGCUUUUAUUCAAGCUGAUAUUAUAAUUGUUCUUGAUGAUGUCCUAUUAAACCAUGAAGUCCAGUCCCUUGAGAACUACAUCAGAGAAGUGAGUGAGAUCUGCCAAGUGUAUGGUCCUCUGAUUGAGAAGAAUGCCAAGAGUGAGGUCAGAGUAAUUUCAUCAGGAAAAACCUUUGUAAACCUUAAGGCGAUGAUGAUUAUGGUGUAUGGGCCAUCCAUUAAGCCUGAAAAUGUCAUUGCUGUUUCAUCAUCCUGGGAAAGUGCAGCUAAAGCCAUGCUGGCCAGGAAGCUGAAUAUGAGUGUAGCAGGAGUUAAAGAUGUGAUUGUUUGGGGCAAUAUUACUGGCUGUAACUACAUUGAUUUGUCACAUGCAAAACUUUAUGGAUAUGAUGGUGCUAUUUGGGGUCCACCUAAUUUUCCAUAUCCUUUGUUGAAUGUGAUUUAUGAUAGCGAAUGGAUCCAUUCAGAACUUCUAUCUGAACAGAGUUCAUUGGGUUCCCGGCUCAGUCAUUGUGUAGGAAUGUUGCCUGCUCAUGCAAUAGCCACUGUACUGAGAUACUGGUAUCAUGGCUCUCCUCCUGGGGAGAUUGUUUCUGUGGGAGUACUUACUAAAGGUCAAUAUUGCGUGCCUGAAGGAAUUGUCUUCUCUAUGCCAGUGAAGUUCCAGAAUGGUAACUGGGAAGUCAUAACAACAUUAGAAACGAAUGAGAUGACCCAAGAAGCUCUGGGAUGCUUAGCCCAUGAGUUGAUACAGGAAAAGCUUGUUGCGCUAAAGGAAAUAAAAGAAAUGCGUCCAUAUAAAGGUGAUAAAGUCACUAGUAACGAGUAUUUCCAUCCAGGUUACUGA